UUUGUUACGAGUGACUCGAUCAAUCGGGUGCGAGCGUGCGGUUGUUCGCUUCCCUUCUCUCUCUCCCUACCAAGUCAACAGCGAGCUGUCGUAGCGUGUCGGCUGUUGAAGCCCUCCGGAGGAGGAGAAUGGCGGAAAAGCAGCUGAUCGUGGUGGUGGAAGGGACGGCUGCCCUUGGCCCCUAUUGGCAGACCAUCCUCAACGAUUACCUCGAUAAGAUCAUCAGGUGCUAUUAUGGGAAUGAGUUAACUGGGCAGAAACUUAGUGGAACAAACCCUGAGCUCGCUUUGGUUGUAUUCAACACACAUGGCCCUUAUAAUGAUUUUGUGGUGCAACGGAGUGGUUGGACAAAAGACUUGGAUAUUUUCCUCCAGUGGCUAUCAACAAUGUGCUUUUCUGGUGGUGGUUUCAGUGAAGCUGCCAUUGCUGAAGGCCUUUCUGAAGCAUUAAUGAUGUUUCCAGUCUCUAUAAAUGCCUCAGACAAUCAUCAAAUCCCUGAAGUACAAAAACAUUGUAUCCUUGUUGCUGCUAGCAAUCCCUACCCUCUCCCUACUCCUGUCUAUCGACCUCCUGUCUCAAGUUUAGAACACAAGGAGAAUACUGAAGUACAAACAGAGAGUUUCCUUGCUGAUGCUGAGACUGUUGCAAAAUCAUUUAGCCAGUGCUUUGUCUCAUUGUCCGUGAUUUCACCUAAACAACUACCUAAAUUGAGAUCAAUAUAUAAUUGGGGAAAGAAAAAUCCUCGGGCUGCAGAUCCAUCAGUAGAUCACAUUAGAAAUCCUCAAUUUCUAGUUUUACUCUCAGAGACCUUUGUGGAGGCUUGUGCUGCUCUAAGCCGCUCUUUAUUGCCAAACCAGAGCAUCUCAAAUCAAGGAAUUGGAAAGAUAGAUGGGUCAUCUGCUGGUUCUAUUUCAGGACUGCCUGCAACUGCUAACCCAUCAGUUAAUGGAACUAUGAUGCCCCGUCAACCAAUAACUGUUGGAAGCAUCCCAACUGCAACUGUAAAAGUGGAGCCAAUGACUGUCUCUUCUAUGGUGUCUGGUCCAGGUUUUUCACAUGUAUCAUCAAUUACUAAUGUUCCUCAAGUAGUUUCCAACCUACAGAAUUCUUCUCCGUCUCAUAGCUCUCAGGAAAUGAAUGCAAAUAUUGACACCACACAGGAAAUCAAACCAUUAUUAAAUCCUCUCUCACAGCCAUUACGUGCUGCAGUUCCUGCUCCAGCUAAUGUCAACAUCCUUAAUACGAUUUCCCAACAUCGAACACCUGUUGCAGUUCACAUGUCGAAUAUGAUCUCUAGCGGUAUGGCAUCAUCUGCUCAUUCAACCAUUUCUUCAGUCCCGGGGUCAGGACCACCAAUGGCUAUGUCACAAGUUGCUCAAAAUUCACCACUUGGUUCACUUGCAUCAGUCAAUUCUAAUUUAGGUGGAAACUCAAGUAUUGGCAUUCCACCCACACUAAUGGGUCUUUCAGCAUCAAAUGUUGGACAAGGAACAUUAACAUCAGGUGCACAAAUAAGCCAAGUUGGAAUAACAAUAAACCAAAACAUGAUAAACAAUCUUGUAUCCAGCUCUGUCUCCUCUGGGCCUGGAACCAUGAUCCCAACACCUGGAAUGUCUCAGCAAUCUGGAUCACAUUCACUUGAGGUAGCUAAUAAUAUUGCAAUCAACAUGCCUUUGGCGCAGCAAGCCCCAAAUAUUCAACAGUCCCAGUCCAAAUAUGUUAAAAUUUGGGAGGGAUCAUUGUCUGGACAGAGACAAGGGCUACCUGUGUUUAUUUGUAAACUUGAAGGUUAUAGAAGUCAAACAGCAUCAGACUCUCUAGCAGCAGAUUGGCCACCAGCCAUGCAAAUUGUACGCCUCAUAGCACAAGACCAUAUGAAUAACAAGCAAUAUGUGGGGAAGGCAGACUUUUUGGUAUUUCGAACACUAAACCAGCAUGGAUUUCUUGGACAAUUGCAAGAAAAGAAGCUUUGUGCAGUCAUCCAGUUACCUUCACAGACAUUGCUUCUCUCUGUCUCUGACAAAGCUGGCCGAUUAAUUGGCAUGCUUUUUCCUGGGGAUAUGGUAGUCUUCAAACCUCAAGUCCCAAGUCAGCAGCAGCAGCAGCAGCAGCAGCUUCAACAGCUGCAACCACAAUCACAGUCCCACUUACAUCUCCAACAGCAACAUAUGCAGCAGCAACAACUUCAACAGCAAGCACAGCAGCAUCAGCAUCAGCAUCAGCAUCUUCAGGCGCAGCAGCCGGCUCAACAGCAGCAACAGCAGCAACAACAAAUUGUAGGGGCUGGAAUCAGCCAAACAUUUAUUCAAGGACAUGGCAGGUCCCAAAUCAUGACACAGGGAAGGCUACCUCAAGCAGGGCCAACUAAUAUGCCUGGAGGAGGUUUUUUACCUUAACCAUGUAUUAAUUAGAUGUAUAUUGGGCGUGCCACCUUUUGUUCUAUAGAAUACCUAAAACUACCGCGACCAUUAUCAUAAUUUAUGUUCAUGAAUGCUUUACUCCACUUAAGUUGUACUCAUCAUGGUUCCUUCUGUAAGGUUCCCUAGUGGUAAUAUUAAUGUGAAUGGUUUGUGUUUAA